UGUAAUAUCCACCUAAUUUAACCACCAUAUUCAUGGCCAAUCCCUAGCUGUGGGUAUGCGCCACAACCACUCAGGUUAACAACGACAUAUUACCUUUCUUCCUAGGGGUAAAAAACAUAUCACCUAGUAAGAGACAAAAGUUCGCGAAAAUCUUCAAGGUAAUCACGAUGUCCGACCCAAGGGCAAGGGGCGAUUACCCUUUUAUUUUGCUGAGUCGUGAACGCGAAGGGUCGGAGAAAGGCAAAAGCCAGGUGGAAGCGGACCUCCGCAAGCCAAAGUGGGACUUGAUCCAGUUGCAGCCCUUCGACAAGAACAUCUACCGGGAGCACCCAACCACAGCAAGUCGGUCUGCCCACGAUGUGGACGACUAUCGGCUUGUUAACCGCAUCACGGUCAAAGGGUGCGGAGCGGCAAAGCCAAUCCUGGGCUUCGAAGAGGUGUCGUUUCCCGACUACGUCAUUGACGCUCUCCGGAACAAGCGGAACAGCGGUUCGCCCAGCUGCAUCGAGGCCCAGUGCUGGCCCAUUGUUCUCGGUGGUCGAGACCUUUUGGGCGUCGUUCAGGCGGGGUCGCACAAGACGCUCGCCUACGUCCUUCCCGCCGUCAUGCACGCAUUAAGCAUCCAACGACCCCAGCGAUACGGCGACCACCCCAUUGUCCUCGUGCUGGCACCGACGCGGGAGCUGGUCCAGCAGAUCCACCGCAUGCUCGGCGACUUCGGACAGUUAUCGGGACUGCGUAGCGUUUGCGUCCACAGCGGCGUACGGAAGGACACCCAGCACACCGAGCUCGCUGCGGGCUGUGACGUCUGCGUCGCGAUGCCCGGCCGCCUCCUGGAGUUCAUUAAGGAAAGGAGGGUGAACCUGCUAGGGUGCACUUUCCUGGCCAUCGACGAGGCGGACCGGAUGAUGACUAUGGGGCUAGAGUUGCAGGUGCUCAAGAUCGCCGAGCAGAUCCGGCCGGACCGCCAGACGGUGAUGUGGACGGCCUCCUGGCCCGAGGGCUUGCGGCCAUUCGUCGAGUCGCUGCUCGAGGAGUACGUCCAGGUGACCUUCGGCUCCGCGCAGCCGCGCGUCAGCCGAGACGCAAGACAGACCGUCUACGUCGUGAACGAGCCCGAGAAAGAGCGCAUGCUGACGGAGCUCCUCGACGACUUGCUCAAGGACAACAGAGACAGGGCGAUAGUGUUAGUGAGGACGCAGGGCGCGGUGCACGAGCUGACGUGGAAGUUGCGCCAGAACGACUGGCGGCCCGUCGGCUUUCGCCGCGGUAUGGCGGAAGAGCAACGCCAGUGGGUGCUAAGCUCGUUUCGUUCCGGAAGCUCUCGCGUCCUGGUGUCCACCCACGGGUCCGGGCGGGACCUGGCCAUCGACGACGUGCGAUUUGUGGUCAACUUCGACUUCCCUGAGAGUUUGCACGACUACACACUGUGCGUCAACCAUCUGGUGAGCGUCGCCGAUGGUGGCGAAGUGUACACUUUCUUCACGCCUAACGACAGACGCCACGCCGGCGACCUCGUUGCCACACUGCGGGACGCCAAGCAGAUGGUGAGACCCUCUCUCUUGAAGCUCUCGAAGGAGUCUGGUGCCCGCGGAACGCGCGGUCGCAGAGCCAAGCGGUGACAGCGAUCGACACACUGGCAGCUUCAAUUACGUUCAGGCGUCGAUGUGGUCCUCACCUCCUCAAGCUUUCGGAGAAGCUUGUGCUAGGAUACACUGCACCAAAUUAUCUGGCUUCGUGGACAGUAGCGGCAAAAAAAAAAGAAACUGUUCUCGCUACUCUACUAAAAUUCACAACUUCUAAAAUUAAUUGGGCGCCACCAAAUACACUAAGACCUAGUUGCCUUCAAAAGUUCACGAAGCGGACUUCAGUCACAUUCUCAUGUAUUUAUUCGCGUUUUUGCGAUCACUUCAACGGCCAGUGUUAUCUUUCCUUGAACUUAUUACGACGAUUAUCGACUGCUUAGUCUACGCACCAACGGGUAUAAAGGGGGCUUUAGAAAUGGCAGAAAGAGAA